AUGAGUGCCAAAUCACAAACCAUACAACUUGUCAUACUAUUUGUUGUUGUGCUUUACGGCGUGCUACUGCCGCGUACGGUGAGCGCAGAAACGCAAAUUAGUAGUUAUGCGGACACAGCGGGCGAAUGGUCAUUGGACCUGAAGAAGUCGUUAGCGGGUUUCGUCGCACGCGCGGCUGGCAAAAACAAAGCCAAAGAGCCACCAUACAAGUUAACGCCACAACAAAUGGAAGAUUUCGAAGCGAUUAUGAGCGUUGGCGAGGAUACGCCAAGCGAGUCAUCCAAACAUCACAAUCGUCCAAAUGGCACGGUGGCCGACGAGUAUGUGCCGGAAGAUACGCGUAGCUUUCUCUGUUUGCCGAUUAUGCGCAUCUUCAAUGUGGAUGUGCGUCGCGCUGUGCUCGCGGGCGAACGUGUGGCUGUGGUGGGCGAUCACACGCGACUGGGCGCUUGGCAGGUGGAACGCGCAGUUGUCAUGACGCCAAGCGCACGCGGCGUUGUUUGGUCGGCUAAGGUAGCUAUCUGUGCCAACGCGCGCAUACAUUACCGCUACUUUAUCUACAGCGUCGAUAAGUAUGGCAGGCGGCGUGUGCAUGAAUGGGAGGGUGUGCCCUACGGUCGUGUGUUGGAAAAACACCAGAUGUAUCGACCGCCCGGCAAGGAUCAAUUCGGUUUGCUGUCACACAUGACUGUGGGCGAUGUGGAGCACGAGAAAGGUUGGUUGCGCAACGAGUACGCCAUCGAGUUCAAGUUCAUUUGGGAGCAGCAUAUGAAGUUUUACCGUUACAUGCGUUUGAAUCGAGCCACGAAAUUUCUGCUAAAGAUGAGCGUUUCAGAAAAUGGGUUUGAGCUGGCGCCCAGCGCGUGGCGCGACAGCGAACUGGAGGUGUCACAUUACGCAUACAAUCGCUCGCAGUUUCAAAAGCAAACUCAGCGCGGCGUGCCUUACACAGCAGGCGAUAUUGUCAUAUUUCGCUUUACAGUAACGUUGAACACUAAAAAUUCGUAUCAGCUCAGCAUUUUCACGGCGGAUGGUGAACGCGUGGGCGUAGCGCUGAUUCUAGCGUCAGAUUUACGCGCCGCGGAAGGCGUGUUGCAGCUGCCCAUACAAGGUACAGUGAAUGGUUAUCAAGUCGGCGCGUUAACGCUGCCCUAUCUGAUUAUACGCCCCUUGGUUGGCGCUGCCGAUUACAAUUUGCGCGGCAGUUUUCAGCGCUAUUGGCCCAUGAAUUGGCCUUCGGUGGAUAUAGGUCGCCGCGGCAUAGGCGCUAGCUACAACGCUGAGGCGCCAUUCGUGGAAAAUACUAUAGCCAGUUUUCUUUACGCCCACCAAUUCAAAGCGGAUAUGGUUGAGUUGGACGUGCAGUUGACGCGGGACUAUGUGCCGGUGGUGUGGCAUGAUUUCGGUUUCAAGACCGCGCCAAAGGGACGCAUUGUGGAAGGUGUCGAAGAUUUGGAUUAUGUGCUAAUUAAAGAUCUAACCUACAAGCAAUUGAAAAGCAGCCGCGUCUUCGCAAUUGAGGAUGGCGAAAUCUAUGAAUACACGAACUAUAAUGUGCGCAACGUCUCUGUGACAGAGCGCAUAUUCGUCACGCUGCGUGAAGUAUUUGAAAUUGUGCCUACACCGCUUGGGCUGGAUAUCGAAAUUAAGUGGCCGCAAUCGUUAAUAAGCGGCGCGUUGGAGUCAGUGCAAACGCUGGGCAAAAAUCGCUUCGUCGACAUUAUCUUGAAAACUACAGUGAAAUACGGCUGCGGUCGUCCGCUAUUCUUCUCAAGUUUCGAUGCGGAUAUCUGCACUAUGUUGCGCCUUAAACAGAACGUCUUUCCCGUUGCGUUCGUGACGAUUGGUGCAACGCGCUUGUGGGAGCCCUACAAAGAUUUGCGUACGCGCAGCUAUCUGAGCGCUGUGAAUUUCGCGCAAUCAGCAAAUUUGUUGGGUACCGUACCGCAUGCGGAAGACUUUCUGCAGCAUGGCGCGCUGCUCGAUCUCGGUUUGGACCUGGGUCAGGCGACAUUUGUGUGGGGCGAUGACCUGCAAGAUGCGCAGACUGUGGAGCAAUUCAAGCGCUGGCAUGUGUCGGGUGUAAUUUACGACCGUAUCGAUUUGUAUGGCCCGCGGCGUAAGCGCGAGCGCUUCUUCAGCACACCCGAGUUGCUCGAUAUUUUCACGCGUCAAUGCAUUGUUGUUGGACAUUCCAAUUGCAGCAGUGAGUUUGCGCUGCCAGAUAGUUUUGAUUUACACGGUAAACCGGUGAGUCGACUUGGCUGCGAGGUGUUUGUGCAGCCAUUCGGUUGA